CUCAGAACCUUCACAACUCUCGGCCAAAUCCUGGCAAAAUCGCUGCAGGACGUGCGAUGGUAGUUAUGAUUUACAUUGUCUAAUUUGAGAUAUAUUACGAUUUUCAUCAUAGGAUGGUAAUGAUGCGCACUACAGGGAAGAAGAGUACCAAACGAUGCGUCAAAACCAAGGAAAUGGACCUUGAACGUAUUCGCAACAAUCAGAGACGUUCACGUGCAAAGCGUAAAGAGUACGUCGCUGCGCUGGAGGAAAAGAUUCGUAAAUACGAGACUCUGUCUGCGCAAUAUUCUGCAGAUGAAGCCAUUCAGUCGCUUGUUAGAGAGAAUGAUAAGCUUAAGAAGCUUUUACAUUCAAUGGGCCUUGGGGAUGAAUUCCUCGCGUCUUUUAUGACAGCAUCCGACAUGGCUUCAGAGUUGAUCAAAAUUACAAAUCGCCACGGUUCCUCCAUUGAACUCUACGGAAAUAACUGCUGCGGUAAUGCAGCGCACUCAUUGCCAACUUUGAACGAUCUGAACUCAACUAUCAGCGAGCAGCCGGGACUGAACGACGGCAACACAAGAGACGCCAUUCUAAGCUCUGACAUCUCGGAUUUCAAUGCUUACGUCUCACACAACCAGGAAAAAACAUGGUAUCGCUCAUCAGAUCUUCUUUCGUUCGACAACAUUUUGGAUCUCUCGAGAUUCUCCGUUGACUCUGCAACGUCGAUGCAAUUCUCACCACCAGCGUCUCAACAUUUCAUUACAACGGAGACUAAGGAUGACGACGCUUUCACACAACGCCCAAAUGCUGUACAAUCCGACACCACUCUCUGCUCUGCAGCGUUUUCGUUGAUCACGAUGAUCAAUAGAAAAGGGUACAAUGCGGCAGACCUGGAUCUCAAAUUGCGAGCCGGGUAUAGAAAUGGCCAUGCUAUAUCAGAUGGUUGUCGAGUUGACAACGGCGUUCUGCUACGGGUACUUACAGAAAUAAUGUAGGAUUUUGAUUGUAAAC